GAUAAACAUCAUUACAAAGUAUGUUUAAGAUCGUUGUAGAUGAAAACUAGCACGUUUAACUAGCACUUAAAAGUUCAAAUUCAUUCUGAAGACAAACCAACAAUAGUCAGUAGAGCUAGCGCACUGGUUUCUUUUUAGCAUGAAUAUCUGUUUUGUGUUACUAUUCCUCUCGCUUGCUCACGAGAGAGUAGAAGGAAAUGCAGUUAAAAUAGAUACAGUUAAAAGUAAACAAGGAGACCCUUUAUCUAUACCAUUAAUAGAUAAUGGCGGUGCACCACUGGUAGCAAUGUUAGAUACAUCUUCAAUGAAUAUGAGGAUAAAAAGCUUUAUCAAAACGUUAAUGGGAAAAAUGAUUGAGGAAUCUUUGACAGAAGAUUCUACAACUGACAUUAUCAGAAACAUAACAAAACAGGAAUUAAAUGAGGAACUUGUGAAUGUUGUUAUUACACACGUGUCGUUUAGAGAACAAAUACAGAACAUUGUUAAGGAAACACUGAAACAAAACUCCACUUUUGACCUCAUUAGGAAUAUUAUUGUACAGGAACUGGAUGGACAACUUAUACGAAGAAAUCAGUCUGAAGAGAAAGUUAUCAGUGAUUCCGAUCAAGAUGUAAAGGUCGACAACAUAUUACGGCCUAUUGCGGUUACUGAAACGAUUGGAGAAACUUUUUACCUAGGAUUUUUAGAAAGCAACGGGAAGCGUGGAAACCUGUUUCUAUAUAUACUUUCAAGAUCUGAUGGAUCAUGUCAGAUUUUGAUCCCAAACACAGAUAUAAACACUACAAUUGCAGUAGCAAGCACAAGUGUUAAUUCAUAUAGAAUCAACCCUGAUACCUGUAUGGAUCAAAUUGGAAUACAACGGAAAGCUGUCUUUGUCAAAUGUGAUGUUCCUGUAUCUGUUUAUGGAUUGACAUUUUUGAGUGUGGAAGUAGAUGGAUUUCUAGUUCUGCCAUACGAGUUCCUUGGAAAAGAUUACAUAAUUACUUCAUUCACACUAAAGACACCUAGAGACAGUAAUCUCUCAAACAGUAAUUUUGGAAUUAUUGCAAUCUCUAAAUCAACAAAUAUUACUAUAACUUUUCGGAUGGAAGGUGGAAUUAUAAACUACAAAGAUAGCCGCUAUGGAAAUGAUGACACACUUCACAUACAUUUGUCUCAGUUUGAUACAUUUUAUUUGUCUCAUGAUUAUGAUAUGAGUGGAACAUUGAUUUCUGCAUCAAAUCCGGUUGCAGUCAUGUCUGGUGUCCGUACUAGUUAUCUAAGGAACGGAUAUGGAAAUCAUAUGGAAGAAAUGAUCUUACCAAAUGACAAACUAGGACGCAAUUUCAUCGUUCCAAAGUUGUAUGAUUCACAGUGCAAUUUUAGAAUAUUUGCACAAGAACAAACCCGAGUACGUGCGUACGACAGCAGUUUAGUGGAUUAUAUUAACAUCAAACGUGGCUUCAAAGAAUACGAAAAUUAUAUCAUAUAUACUUUACAAUCAUCUGCACCAGUUCAAGUUCAGCUAUACUGCAAUGGAGCAUCUUCUAGUUAUGAUGCUUUCAUGGUUACACUUCCAAGUAUUCAACAAUUCAAAAGCAGUUACAAGUUUCCGGUUGUGAAUGACUUUAAAAGCGCCUAUCCACCUCAGCACUUUUACAUCACUAUCAUUAUUCAAUCGUACGCGAAGGCGGGAUUAUGUUUAGAUGAUGAGGUUAUUUCUAAUUAUAAAGGAACUACAAAUAUUACAUUUGAUUCCACACCAUACUCUGUCCUCGCCGUAGAACUAAGUGUCGGUCCACAUGAAAUUAAACAACAAAAUGAAAUACCAUUUGGACUCUUAGUGUACGGACGUACGACUUCGUCAGGUUACGGCUUUCCAGCUGGUUUUGCUACAAUGAGUAAGCCGUGAACGAAAACAAGAGGAAUGGCCAUUUAUUUUAAUCUUAUUUUGCUAAACAUCAAUGAAUGGUUUAAUUCAUCUUUCAUUUAUCAUUUUUUUACUAGAGUGUUAUCAAAAAAUAUAGUACAAAGCGUUAAAUAUACAUUAUCCAUACAAAUGUAAUCCAAAGACCUAAAUCAUUACUACAUACAAAAAAUAAUCGAUGUAUGCAAAAACGAUCAGAUUAAAUUAUUUUGGCAACUCUUAAUUGUGUUAGGGAUCGAAUGUUGAGGAAUGAAGGUCUAUAUAUACGUUAAACUACGAUUUGUUACAGGAUUUUUAUAUUCAAAAUUUUAUAUUUAGAAUAUUUAAAAACAGCAAAAUGCCAGUUUUAAUUUGAAUAUAUACUAAUGGUGAACUGUAAUUGCUUAAAUCUUUACAUUCGCUUUCUAGUAGAUAGUUAUCUUCUUUGCAAACACAUAAAAUCUCCUUACUUUUAUAAUGCAAUAAUAUUACUACUUAUGUUCAGAUAGCAUCACUUGGUACAGGCACAGAACGUUUACAUACUGUAGAGUCAUUAUCAUUUGUGGGAUAGAAAUUUUUAUUUGAUUAUUCGGUAUGAAUUUAAAUUUUCAACGAAUUAAGUAUUUUCUAUAUGCUUGUAUGCUGACUGGCAAAACCUUGAAAUCAAAUAUCAUUGAAAAUAAAUGUUUCCGCAAUGCAGGAAAAUGGAUACCGACAAAUAUGCACUUUCUAUGAAAAUUUUGGAACACUGUUACAAUAAACGUUUGUCAUUCACACCUUUAAAAACGAACUAAAGUUUAACAACCAAGAAGGUUUAUGUUCGUCUGUUAUAUAAUGUACAGAACCAUUUACUUAUUUUCAUGGUGCAGUGGUUAAACAUAUUUGAAAUGAAUAUAAGAAAAUGUGGGGUACUUGGCAAAUAGAAAAAAAACAACGACAAACAAAACUAAAAAGGUCAAUAUACAGUUCAAAUCGAUAGUUAAGUAGAUUAGUAUUAAAAAGUUAUAUCUAUUAAGUCAUCUGGUCCAAAGGGCAAAUGUGAGCAUUUGCCAUGAUUUGGCGUCCGUCGUCUGUCGUUCGUCGUCUGCAGUCGUCGUCGUCGUCCGUCGUCCGUUAACUAUUACAAAUAUCAUUUCAUCUUGUUAAAUUACUGGGCCAAACUUAACCAAACUUUUUUAACUGAUUUUUAUAGUUGUUCUUAAUUUUAAUUGAUACACCACUGUUCCAGUUUAAUCCCGCCACAUUCUUUAUGAGCCUGUUCCAAGUUAGGAGCCUGUAAUUCAGUGGUUGUCGUUUGUUGCUGUGUAUCAUAUUUGUUUUUCGUUUACUAUUGUGUACAUAAAUUAGGCCGUUUUGA